AUGGCUCGUACCAAGCAGACCGCUCGUAAGUCCACAGGCGGAAAAGCGCCAAGGAAGCAACUAGCCACAAAAGCGGCUCGGAAAAGCGCUCCAGCCACUGGAGGCGUGAAGAAACCACACAGAUACCGUCCAGGGACUGUGGCUUUACGAGAAAUUAGGAGAUACCAGAAGAGUACGGAGCUGUUAAUAAGAAAACUGCCCUUUCAGCGGUUAGUGAGAGAAAUAGCGCAGGAUUUCAAGACAGAUUUGAGGUUCCAGAGCUCAGCUGUGAUGGCGCUUCAAGAGGCGAGCGAGGCAUACUUGGUUGGUCUGUUUGAAGACACCAACCUUUGCGCUAUUCAUGCUAAAAGAGUCACCAUUAUGCCUAAAGACAUACAGUUGGCGAGGCGUGUUAGAGGAGAGAGGGCCUAG